AUGAAAUUUUUGCUUAUUCCUGCCACCAUUUAUUUUUUUGUUACGGGAUGGUACUUGUUCAUUGAAACCAAAUUGCCCUAUUAUCCAUUUUAACACGUUCUUGAGUUUACUCCCAAUCAUGCUAUUUAAGCUUUGUUCGCAAUUGCGUUAGGCUUAUGCAUUUUGAUUGACAUAAAGAAGCUUCUUAUGGCUUUUUUAUUAAUUGGCGUUGUAGAUCUCUCAUUGAUUGUUCGCUAUUGUUUAAAAUUAGAGAUGCAGGAACUUAGUGAAGCCUUAUAGCAUGUUGGAUACAAAGCAAUUUUAUUGGGAAUCAUAAUAGAAGCUAUGCGAGAUCAAGUCGUUUAUGAGUAGCCUGAGAAAAAGGAGAAGAGGAAGAGGAAAGUAAAGAAGAUGGUUGAAAUUGAAGUAGAGGAGGAAGUUGAUGAGGAUGAAGUAUAAGAUACUCAAAAACCUAAUACUUAAGUAACAGAAGAAACAAAACCAUCUCCAUCGAAGAAAAAGGAAAAGAAAGGCAAAUAAUGA